AUAUUCAAAACUGACAUUGACAUUCCUCUUAUCCAUUUCUGAUUGAUAUGGGUAAAAAUUCCUUUGAAGUUUAAAAAUCAAAAAAGCCAACGGUAUUACGGUAAUCCUAAGUAGUCACAAGACUUCCCUAAAGACAUACUUUAUAUAAAUAAACGAAUUCCCAAUGGAGCCGAUGACUUUAGGCAGCGCUUCCUCUAGUCCCGCUUCGCCCGGCGUAAACUCCUCCGGAUUCCUCCCGAAUUUCUUAAUAGGAGACAUCACCCCCAGCACACCAUAUCAUCCCCAUGUAUCUCCCGGACGUAAUAAAACCCCCGGUAGCUUCAGAGGAAACUCCACCAUGAGUGAAGCGAAAACCCUACGUCAGAAACUGUUCAGUCAAAGUAUGGCGGAGAGUCCCAUACAGCCACCCCCAUCACCAUUUACUAGUGCCCCUGAGAAGACUGGACCCCCUAAGACUGGCCUGUUUGACACAUUGGAUUCAGCUAAAAAGGUAACUUCUCCCGUUUUGAGCAGCACUGUGGCACCUUAUAAUGAACCUUCCAUGUUUAUUAAUGAGAGCCUGUCUAGGAUCCACUCUGUGGAAGAAAAUUCAAUAAAUAUAAGCAAUAAUAGAGGUUCAAAAAUCGAUUCUCAAUGGGUCACUGUAUUUGGGUUUCCUCCUAGCACAUUAAAUUUGGUUCUAUCACAGUUAUCAAACUGUGGGGUGAUACUAGAGAAAAAAAUUCCUUCACAAGGCAACUGGAUGCAUAUAAAAUUUAACAAUCUUGGCGAAGUGGCCAGGGCCUUAGCUUUAAAUGGCAAAUGUAUUGCUAAUAAUAUAAUGAUUGGAGUACAGUUACACUACAAUAAAGAAAAUAAGGAGAACAACAGUGGAGCAACUAUGAUGACUUCACCAAUAAGGGCAAGGUCUUUGCGACAGUCAUUUGUGUCCCCACAUGCAUCUAACACUGUGAUUCCUGCCCAGAGUAUGCCACAAAAGAGUACUGGGAUUGUUAGUAAAGCAAUGGAGUAUGUUUUUGGAUGGUAGUUUUAAUACUAAAUAAGGUGUGUUAAAAGGUAAAUAUUGAGAUGUUGUGUCUAAUUGUAAUUAUUUACCUAUUAUUACCCCCUAUGUUUGAGACAAAUGAGACUUAUCAUUCUGUGCUAUAUAUUUUUUUGUAUAAAUACAUUUCUUUUUUACUUAAA